GCGCUAAACAGCGAUAAGGAAAAGUGCCCCGCGAUAAGCUUGACCAAAAAAAAGUGACAGUACAAGAGAUUGAACGUCCCAGACCCAACCAAUUCCCACGCCCACGGAGUAGCAUCUCUACAGACGAUAUUCAUCAUGGCGGGCGCAAAGAAGAAUUUCAAGGCCACCAAGAAGUUCGAGCAAAAACAUCUAAAAGGCGUCUUGGACAAUCGCAAAGCCGGCGCGAAGAUAAAGCAGAGGCAGCAGAUCCAGGCCAAGAAGCAGAGCAGGAAGGCGAAAGAUGCCGAGUUCUACAAGGGCGGCGAAGACGCUGGGAAACCCGCCAGGGCCAACGGGGCCAGUAAAACAGUCAACGUGAAUGCGAUGUCCGUCGAUGAAUUCUUCGGCGGCGGGUUCGAAAUUAUCGAGAAGUCCCAGCCGGGCAAGAAUAAGUCGUCUAAGAAGCUAGGGAAGCGCAAGCGCGACGAACCCGACGAAGACGAGAACGCAUCGGAGGACGGCAGCGACCUCGGCAUAUCUGCCGAAGGUCCCCCCGUAGCAAGCGACGAUGAAGAUCUCGGCAGCGAUGGAGGCGAUGACAUUGGCAUGAACAAAGAUGCUAUGGACGCGCUCGCGGAGGACGACCCUGAGUUCUACAAAUUUCUGAAGGAGAACGAUCCCGAGGCGCUGGAAUUCGACGAUGCCGACCUGGCCGAAGUUGACGAGCUGAGUGCCGGCGAGGAGGAGGAGGAGGAGGAGGAGGAGGAAGAGGAGAGCCAGCCCAAGAAGAAACGGAAGAAGGACAAGGCACAGCGGAAGACCGAGAAGCUAGACGGGGAAGAUAGAGAAGAGAACGAGUUGACACAGGCGACGGUGGCACGGUGGAAAGAAACCAUGUCGAAGACCUAUUCUCUCAGGGCCGCGAGGCAGGUUGUCCUGGCGUUCCGAUCCGCGGCGCAUUUGAACGAAGACGAAGAAGAAGAAGGCAGGAAGCAGCCGUACAAGAUAUCCAAUCCGGAGGUCUUCCACGACAUUUUGGUGGUCGCGCUGAAGCAGAUCCCCGAGGUCAUCUCGCACCACGUACCCAUCAAGGAGUCCGCGCACGGCAAGGUCCAGGUCCCGACAGAUACGAAGAAGUUCAAGACUCUCUCGCUGCUGCUGAAAUCCUACGUGUCCGCGAUCCUACACCUGCUCGGCACGCUGUCCGACGACGCCACGCUCAAGCUGACGCUGUCGGCCCUCACCCCGCUCGUCCCGUACCUGCUCAGCUUCCGGAAGCUGCUCAAGAACCUCAUUAAGACCGUCGUCGGCUUCUGGUCGCAGACGACGAGCAGCGAGUCCACCCGCAUCACUGCUUUCCUCGUCUUCCGCCGACUCGUCGUCGUCGGCGACAAGGGCGCGAGGGAGGCCGUGCUCAAGGCCACCUACCAGGGUCUCGUCUCCGGGUCGCGCGUCACCAACGCCAACACGAUCCAGGGCGUCAACCUCAUGAAGAACUCGGCCGCCGAGCUGUGGGGCCUCGACCAGACCGUUGGCUACACCACCGCCUUCGCCUUCAUCCGCCAGCUCGCCAUCCACCUGCGCAACAGCAUCGUGCACAACCAGAACGAAGCCUACAAGGCCGUCUACAACUGGCAGUACGUCCACUCGCUCGACUUCUGGUCCUGCGUCCUCGCUGAGCACUGCUCCCCGCUCACCGAGGCCGAGGCCGGCCGCGAGUCGCGCCUGCGCCUGCUCGUAUACCCCUGGGUCCAGGUCGCGCUCGGCGCCAUGCGCCUCGUCCCGACCGCCGCCUUCUUCCCGCUGCGCUUCCAUAUCGUCCGGUCGCUGCUGCGCGUCGCGCGCGCCACCGGCACGUACAUCCCGCUGGCGCCGGCGCUGCUCGAAGUGCUCUCCUCGGCCGAACUACGCCGCGCCCCGAAGCCGUCGACGCUGCGGCCCCUCGACUUCUCCGUGGCCUGCCGGGCGCCGCGCGCGUACCUGCGCACGCGCGUGUACCAGGACGGUACCGGCGAGCAGGUCGCGGCGCUCCUCGCGGAGCACUUCGCGCUGUGGGCCACGAACAUCGCCUUCCCAGAGCUCGCGCUGCCGGUGGUCGUGGCGCUGCGGCGCUGGCUCAAGCAGUCGCGGCGCGGGCCCGGCCCCGGCGGCGGCAGCAGGCUGCGCCCCGCGCUCGCGCUCCUCGUCCAGAAGCUCGAGGCUAACGCGCGCUUCAUCGAGGCGCGCCGCGCCGCCGUCGACUUCGCGCCGCGCGACCGCGCCCAAGUCGACGCCUUCCUGCGCGACUUCGCCUGGGAGCGCACGCCGCUUGGCGCCUACGUCGUCGCGCAGCGCCAGGCGGCGGCCGAGCGCGCGCGGACCCUCGAGCGCGCCCGCCGCGACGACGACGCUAGGCGCCGCGACGACGAGCGCGAGGCCCGCGAGCAGAAGGCCGGCGAGAUGGACGGGGCUGAGGAGGAUGAGGAGGGUGCUAGCGACGAGGAGGUGGCGGGCUUAGAGGAUGAUGAUGAUAACGAUGACGACGCUUUCGACGAGGACGACGACGGAGAAGAGUGAACGAGCGAGGGCGGAAUAAGGCACAAGGGUGCAAAGGAGGUGGAGAGGAGAAUGUGGGUCGGGAACGCAGCACCCCAACGGAUAGGACAGGUACGAAAGGAGGCAGGCGUGGUCUUGUGUUUAAUGUAGUCUUGCGGGAGGCUUGAUUAUAUCAGGGUUUAUUUGCUGCACAGCGGCGAGCCGUCCGGUGAUUGUCAGCACCCAGUUUAGCCUAGCUUAGACGGUGAUACUGAGGACAUUAUCCUAG